UAAAUAAUAAAAGGAAAUCGUAGCAACUAGUCAGUGACCAGUUCAUCUGACAGCUUGAGUGAAUUAACUGGAACAUUUGAGAGAGAUAUUAAUAUACAUCAAGUGGAGUUUGGAGACCAAGUCGUCCCACAUUUUGGAUUCUGCGUGUUUCGGAAGGACACGUGUUCAGGAACUGAUCUGUUCGACCAGGAAGUCAAGCUAACAUUAGCCAGCUGGCAACCAUGGCUGUUUGGAGGAAACUGUGGUGCAGAAACAUCCUGGCAGUGUCCCUGCUUUUCUUCAUCCUGCUCCACACCAUGGAUGUGCAUGCAAGGCCAGCCAACAUGUCAACCGCUAAAGAUAAGGCUCCAGCCAGCAAGGACGACAACGAGAUUCUCCCCCCAGACCACCUGAAUGGGAUGAAGAUGGAGAUGGACGGCCACCUCAAUAAGGACUUCCAUCAGGAGGUGUUCCUGGGUAAAGAGAUUGAGGAGUUUGAGGAGGACUCCGAGCCAAGGAGGAACAGGAAGAAGCUGAUUGAAAUCUUCACCAAAGUUGAUUUUAACAAGGACAGGAGUGUCAGCGCCAAGGAGAUGCAGACCUGGAUUAUGGAGAAGACGGAGGAGCACUUUCAGGAGGCCAUGGUCGAGAACAAGAACAGUUUCCGUGCUGUUGACCCCGACAAUGACGGUCACGUGACAUGGGAUGAAUACAGAGUCAAAUAUUUGGCCAGCAAAGGUUUCAAUGAAAAAGACAUUGCUGACAAAAUAAAGAAUAAUGAAGAUCUGAAACUGGAUGAGGAAACUCAGGAGGUUCUGGAAAGCCUGAAGGACCGCUGGUUUCAGGCCGACAACCCUCCGGCUGACCAGCUGCUGAAUGAGCAGGAGUUCCUGUCUUUCCUUCAUCCUGAGCACAGCAGGGGAAUGCUCAAAUACAUGGUCAAGGAGAUUGUGCGCGACUUAGACCAGGAUGGUGAUAAGAAAUUGACGCUGUCAGAGUUCAUCUCUCUACCUGUGGGCACCGUGGAGAACCAGCAGGCUCAGGACAUCGAUGAUGACUGGGUUCGAGAGAGGAAGAAGGAGUUUGAAGACGUCAUCGAUUCAGACCGCGAUGGCAUCGUAACCAUGGAGGAGCUGGAGGAGUACAUGGACCCAAUGAAUGAGCACAACGCUUUGAACGAGGCCAAGCAGAUGAUUGCCGUCGCAGAUGAAAACCAGAAUCAUAAUCUGGAGCUGGACGAGAUUCUCAAGUACAGCGAAUACUUCACAGGCAGCAAGCUCAUGGAUUACGCCAGAAAUGUUCACGAGGAGUUCUGAGGACACACUUUCCCUCUCAGUCCUCUCAGCAAAGCAGGGCGACAUCCUAUAUCUGCUUCAGGGACAAGCUAGAUGGGGGGGGGGAACUAAUGAUGGGAUGUUCUAGUGUGCAAUUCUGUGUUUAAAAGCCUCAACGGCCUCCUUCACUGCUGACUCCAAUUAAUACAUUCUUCCUUUAGCCCUGAACUGUCUGCCAGCCAUCAAAGUUAACAUGGUCUGCCUUCUGUGUGCCGUUGGAGUCUUUUACAUGUUGGGCUGUUCUCAAAAUGUAUUUGUGUGAAUUUGUGAAAUGUGUGUAUAUGAGGAAUUUCAACCCUGACCAGAUUUUGUCGUCCCUGGUACAGUGGUGGGAGAAACUGUGCAGCUAGGCGAUAUCAUAAUUUGUUCUGCAGGAUCUGUCUUUUUAGCGAGCGUUUCUGUAUACAGUGUAAAUAUUAAUUGUCUCAUACCAAUGCCUCUGGCAAGAGAGAAAAGCUGAGAAAAUAAAUAUAUUGCUGCUACGAAGAAAAACCCUUUAUAGAGAUAUAAUUAUAUGGUGAUGAACACCAGAAUUUGCCCAAAUUCAAAGGUGAUCUGUGUACAAUCCUACUAGUUUCUGUUGUAGAUGGUAUCCGUCCUACUUAAAACAGGGUAAAAAAAAGAAGCAUAACUUAUUAAAAACUGCCUUGAUAACGGACAGUGAUCCUUCUUAGCACAAACUUUCAUUACCAAUUUAUUGUCACUGUAUUAUAUGAGAACAAUGUGCCUUUUUUCCCCUGCAGACAUUUUGACCUAUUGAAGGAAACACACAGGUGUCAACAUAAUUGGAUUCACCUUUUGUGUCGGGUCAAAUUGUCUCCUAAUUGUAAAGGCUUAUUGUUUUGAUCUUGACUAAAAGCAAUCUAAUUCAUGCUCUUGUUAAGGAUGUGUAAACAGAGGAAUUUAUUUAUUUGAACAGUAUAAUUUGGAUCAGCUGCAUCUUUUAACAUCUCUUGUUUUUGCUUAGUUGCUGUAAGAGGGUGGUCUUUGUGUGAUAGCUCACUCUUCAUCAUGUUUACCUGUAAACUAAAUCUGGAAUGCUUUUGGUUUACCCUUACAUUUUCACUUGUUUGCAAAUGCAUGGACAAACAAUGGCAUUACAUUCCCUUAAAUUUGUAGACUGUUUAAAUCCUGCUACAGGAUUGGAUUGUAAGAUAAGAUUUAUUAUAACAAUGUGACACAGCUUUAUAAAAUGUAUUGCAGAUGUACCGGUAAUAAAUAUUUCUUACCAAUUAAAUAGCA